AUGGGCCUUGGGGACUUCACAAGCGGCAGAGAGGAAGUUUCGCGGGCAGGCCUUGGAGAACCAGGCAGAACUGGGCUUUGGCCCCCAGCCCCGGGCCCGGCGCGCGGCUUCCCGGGGGCCGGCAGGAGCCUGGACUUGCAGGAGCAGGCCCCCGCCGCCAGCGUGCGGCUGGAGGACUUCCGACGGCGGCUGUUGCGCGCCUUCCAGCGGGCGGUGCCGCGCGGGGGCUCCAGACGCGCGCGGGAGGCGGCGGAGGCCGCGGCGCGGGAGGAGCAGAACCGGGAGCGCGUGGAGGGCGCCCUCGCCGGGCUGCGCGCGGAGCUGCUGGAAAUGCAUUUCCAAAACCGUCAGCUGGCCAGAACUUUGCUGGAUUUAAACAUGAAAAUGCAGCAACUGAAAAAGGAAUAUGAACUGGAAGUUGUAGGAGAAUCUCCAAGUCUGGAAGAUAAUGCUGAGAAUCUGGACAACGGAAAUGCAGAAGUGAAGAUCUGAACCCCAAAGUCACACAGACAACUGUGGAACAAGUGCUAAUUGUCACAUUUUGGACACCUUGCAUAAGCUUUGAGGGAUAAUUUGUAGACCGAACACUUAGAUGUCAAGGAAAGGUGACAGAAAACAUGAUGAGGGAGAGUGGAGGGAGAAAAUGCUGUUACUAUGUUUUCAGGUUAU